ACGAGGGAAGCAUUUGCAACACAUGACAGCGACGGGGGUGCCGGAGGAGGAGCCACAGCCACGAGAACCAGCGGCCUCCCGAACCCUCUCCUGUCUUCCAAUUCUCAAUUCCCUUCCCCAGGCCCCACCGGCGCCGAUUGGUGGUGGAUUAUUCCCGCCGCGACCGAGAAGGAAAAAAAAAAGAGCCGAGAAAAUCGCAGCCACGAGAAGGGAAGGUGGGCGAAAAAGAGCGGGGAAAGUGGAAAAAUCCCGUCCGACGUGGCGAACUUGCCCAUGCUCUUUUUCUCCCGUCCCCUCCCUCGACGCCCCUCCAUCCUCUUGUCUUCUCCUUCUCCACCAGUGCAAACCGGGCGUCCGGGCCUACGUAAAACGUUCGCCUCCUUCGCUUCUCGCCUUCUCCUCCUCCUUCUCCUUCUCCUUGCGCGAGUUGAGAGCCCUGAGGUAUUGGAAGGUGGCGACCUCGGCGGCUGCUUGGGUCGGAUUGGUUUCGGGAAGUUUGGUAUUGACUCGAGCACCGGAGACAUUGGCCUGUUUGGAGCAAAUUCCGAUGGCAACCGGCGAUACCGCCGUGGAUCAACGCAAGGACCCUCUGGAUCCCCGCGACAUGGAUUCGUCAGGGGAGGAGCACGUGCCCAAGGCGCGGAAGCCGUACACGAUCACGAAGCAGCGGGAGAAGUGGACGGAGGACGAGCACCGGCGGUUCCUGGAGGCCCUGCAGCUGCACGGUCGCGCCUGGCGCCGCAUACAAGAGCACAUUGGCACCAAGACUGCCGUGCAAAUCCGGAGCCACGCGCAGAAGUUCUUCACCAAGGUGGUCCGAGAAUCGUCGUCAGGAAGUAACAACGCCUCCACGGGCGCCGCGCCGGCAAUCCAGAUCCCGCCGCCGCGCCCCAAGAGGAAGCCGGCGCACCCUUACCCGCGCAAAGUGGACGGCGGCGCGGCCAAGAAGCCCGCGCCGGAGCUCAAGCAGCUGGAGAAGCCGCCGCUGCCCCUGCGCGACCAGGACGAAGGCUCGCCGACGUCGGUGCUUACCUCGGCGCACAUGGUGUUACGAGCGGCGGAGGGGCUGGGCAGCGUGUUCGCGAACAGCUCGAGCACCGCCAGCAGGUCGGCGGCCCUGUCAGCUGCCGGUUCGGAUGAGCGUGGCAACGGCGGCGGCUCGCUGACCUCGUCGGUGGACGGGGACGGGGAGGACGCCUGCGCAUCACCGAGGACGAGAGCGCCAUAUACCAAGGUGCUCGGUGAUGCAAACGAAGUAGGAUCAGAAGCUCCAAUCUUGAAGCUGUUCGGAAAGAAAGUUGUGGUGGAAGAAGACCUGAAAACAGACUCUUCACCUGCGAGCGCUGUCCAGGCAACCAGAACCGGGAAUCCUAUUGCUGCCGCAGGAGCGAGCUCAUGGAAUCCGUGGCAGGGCAGCGUGCAGGUGCAGCAGCUCAUGUACUUGGUUCCCCAGCCCGACGGCUUCGCGGCGCAACCAGCCGUCGUGCCGUGGUUCGGCUACAACGGGGGCCUGCCGUGCGCGGUGUUCUACCCGCAGGCGGUGGCUUCAGCUCCUGAGCAGCAGCAGCAACAGCAGGCUUCGGAGCCUCUGGAUCACAGACGCGCGCAGAGGGAAGGGUCGCUGACAGGUUCGAACAUGGCGGCCUCCAGCGCCGCCGCAUCGGCGGCGCAGAACUCGGACACCGCGGAGUCGUCCCGCCAGGGUCCCGGCGGGCAUGAAAACACCAGCGACGGGUAUGCGGCGCUACGGCGGGCUGCCGCCGUCCCGCGGCUGACCAAGUGCGCCAGCUCGGCUUCCCUCAGCGGGAGAGGGUUCGUGCCGUACAAGCGGUGCGCGGCCGAGAGCGAGGCGCCGCGGCCGGUGGCGGCGCGCGGAGAGGAGGCCGACGGCGAGAUGACGAGGCUGUGCUUGUGACAAGAGCUGAAGCCUCGGUGGGACAACUCAAGAGACACAUUUUGGUUGGAUGUUUGCUAGAGUUUUGCUCCCGUUUGCUGAUAUGGCUGCACAUGCUCGGCAGAAGCAGGUAACCGGCUUUCCAGAAUGGAUGAGCAACGCUGGUUCUUUACUCCUCGGUAUAUACGUGUAUAGUAGGUAAAUCUGUACUCAUAUUCCGCUUUUGUUGACUGUGUGAUUGUGUAAUUUUGCUCCAGCUUGGGAGAUCCAAGGGCCAGUGGCCAACUGUACUAACCUGGAUCUCAAAGAGGGUUGUGUGUGUGUGUCAAUAGUCUGACCACAUGUAAAUUUUUAGGCUUGUACCAUCUGAACCACAUGUAACAGGCAGAUGCCGAAAUGGCGAAUGAACCAGUUUGGUGUUCUCGGGCC